AAAAUAUGGACGUGCACACGGAUCAUGGCGCAAAUCAGUAACAAGUACUGAACCGAGCCUACCUUGUACUAGCUAAUUACUCGAACCCUCUGAAUCUCCACAGUUAUCUCUUCCAACAAAAUAUUAACAUAAGCCACAGAUGAAACACAAUAAAUGCGUUUCGACGGGAUAGAGUGUUCAUGUAUUUGGUACUCACCGUGUCACCCAAGGACGGCGGAAAGUCAAGCCCAAGGUCAUCAUGGAAAGAGUUGACAACGAUAAACGAAACCGAAAGUCACGGGUCACGACAGACGAACGUAAAUCUAGUGGAAGUGGAAACCUCUACAUGAAAACCAUCAGGCAUGUGCAGAUGGAUCCGGACAAAUUUCCUGGUUUUUAUGUCUUUCAAGAAUCCGCUUUUGGAAAUGCCAUUUUACCUGGAAUUCCAAGAAAUGAGACAAAUAAAUGAUAAGCUUAUAGGCAAUCAAUUGUAAUCUAAUUGUUAUCCAGUGGAAGAACUGUAUCACGGUGAUAUACCAAAUAAUUAAAUUAUUUUACAGAUUGAUGAAAUGCGUUCUCAAUAACUCGUACACUUCUUUAACAUGUAAUCUUCUAUACCAUUCCUAAUUCUCUCUUUUAUGUCCUCACAGCCCUGUCUUUUCUAUAUGCAUAUACCAAACUCCAGAAUUAGUGGGUAUACCAAUGUUUAUCCUCUUCGUGUCAAUAUGUUCGCAUAUGUAGGAUAUUGCUUCAGGUAGUGAGACGUUCGUGGACAGUGAGACGACAAGUAGUAAGGACAGUGUUCGAUUAGGAAAAUUGAUAUUUUCGGUGAAGUUGACAAAGUCGAAAGAAUCCCAGAGUGAGUGGCAAGAAACUUGUCUUUCGAUUGGUUCUAAUAGGUCACUAGCCAUUGAUCAGUGCGAUGGUAAGGCGAAUUCAUGCCAAUAAUGGGUCGAAGACGUGUGGCUAUUGUGUACUUUCGGUAAUCUAUAGUUAAGAGUUCAAAUUAGAGAGGGAGAGUCAAGCAGAAAAAUAUUUUUCUAAACGUUCAAAUAACACGCCAAAAUGGAACAUUGAAAAGAUCCGUCUACAGAAGCUGACAUGUAACGGACAACUCACUAACUUUCAUAGUUCAGUGCAUCUACGAAUAAAACGAAACCUGAUCUGUUCACUUAGCCAUAGAAACCCCAAAAUUUGCAGCCCUAACAUUAUGAAAAGAAUCCUUCUCAGGAAUGGCUAGGCAGAACGUUUCACUACUAAAUUCAAUGGAGACUCAUCAGCAGGAAUACUAAGAAAUCGCCUUUCCCACUCAUUAAAGAAAACUGUCGCGGCUGAACUUUAACUAACAUUCUUCACAAAACCAAUGAUGCACAUGAACGUGAAGGUAAAGUCAUCAGUGCUGGCCUCAUCAAUAUGCACCUAUGAAUUCACCUACUUGUUUUGAGCUAAGUAUGUUGGCCGUACCCAGUGUUUGCUAUCCAAACGUAUCACCGAAGUUUUAUCCUUAUGGUUUGAUAAGGGAGAUAAAGAUCCCCUGGCAGCUCUAUCCUGGAACACCUGAUGGAAUCUGGACGCUGAGCUAACCCACAAACCAACUUCAAAGUCAUCUACAAAAUCUGUAGGGAUCUUGCUAAAACAGUAGGAAUCAAACUGCAGAAGUAAUGACUACCCACAAGUUAAACUCCGAAUUCUUCAUUCAAAAGAAGUUUGUUCAGUCAUUGAAUCUGAAACGGACGUGAUCUGUCUUAACACUGAAUCUGUAAUUUUUGUUUUUAAUUGUACUAUUUUCUCCCCUCACCUCCUAUCAAAUUUCCACCCAUUUAUUACCACUGUUAUUAACAUGACUAGUUCAACUUUAUUUGAAUUCUGAUCAAUCCCGUCAGUUAUAUUACGCCACUUAAUUUACUUGACUUUAUUUUUGUAUCUAACCGAUUAGCGCUUUUUGUAGUACGUAAUUUUUUGUCUGAAACUUCUGUCUAAUAAAACUUCGAUUGACACAUCUCUAGAAAUAUUGCUUUUAUGUCUAAGAAAAUUCACUACAUGUAAUGCGAUUGUACAGCUUCAGGAUGCUAUUGCUGAAAGGAGUAACUCUUCUCUAUAGAUUACCGGAAGUACACGAAAAGCAACACCUCUUUGACUCAUUAUCAGCAUGAAUUCACCUUACCAUCAUAUUGCUGAAUGGUUUGUAGACCUACUGGAGUCAAUCAGAAGGUAAGUUUCCUGCCACUCAUUCUGAGUUUCCUUCGACUUUGUCAGCUUCAUUGAAAACUCUAGAAUCCUUGUCUGUAUCUUCAAGAAAAAUAAACUCAUUUUUACGUCAUAUAUUCUUUCUGUCAAGUGAUUUUGAUUUUAAACUAUGUCAUGUAAAUCAACCUGCUGAUCCAUUUUAAUUGAACCACAAUAGAAAUAUGUGAAACUUUCUUGUUUACCUUUACAAUCUGAUUCAGUGUUCGUCUUUAGAUGUUACCUGUUUUUGUAACUACAUUCAGUCAGUUUUCAGGGGUGAAUGUUUCAAUGUCAGGAUUACUCUACAAAGUGACAAAGGAAUUAUUAUACUAACUAAUUAAAAUGCACUGUAAUAGGCAAGACCUAAAUGCAUAGUCAAAAUGAAAUAACUUCAUUAUUAGAAAUAUCGUUCCAUUGCAUCUGGAAAGUGUUUUAGGACGCCGUUCUACCCUUUUCAAUAAGGUUCUAC